UUGAAUAGAAGAGGAAUUUCGACAUCUGAUCCAAUGGCGGGCGGAGGAGUCGUGAGCAGUGUUGGAGGGAAAGAUUACCCUGGGAAAAUGACCCUCUUUGUCUUCCUUGCAUGCCUCGUGGCAUCCUCCGGCGGUCUCAUCUUCGGCUAUGAUAUCGGUAUUUCAGGCGGAGUGACGUCAAUGGAUUCCUUCUUGUUGAAGUUCUUUCCCUCCGUGUAUCGUAAGGAGAAGCAGGAUACGGGCAUCAAUCAGUACUGCAAAUUUGACAGCCAGCUCCUGACUCUCUUCACAUCUUCUCUCUACUUAGCUGCCCUGAUUGCAUCAUUCUUUGCAUCAAUGGUGACCAGAGUGUUCGGAAGGAAGUGGUCCAUGUUUAGCGGCGGCGUCACCUUUCUUAUCGGUGCUGCCAUUAAUGGUGCAGCAGAGAAUGUGUUCACGCUCAUCCUCGGCCGCAUCCUUCUCGGUGUCGGUGUGGGUUUUGCCAAUCAGUCUGUGCCCGUGUACCUCUCAGAGAUGGCACCGCCCAAACUCCGUGGUAUGCUUAACAUUGGAUUUCAACUCAUGAUCACAAUUGGAAUACUAGCUGCCAACCUCAUCAACUACGGCACCGCGAAGAUUGCUGGCAACUGGGGUUGGCGUGUUAGUUUGGGACUUGCUGCAGUCCCUGCUGCCAUCAUCACCCUCGGCUCCCUUCUCCUCCCCGACACCCCAAACUCCCUCAUUGAGCGAGGGCACACAGAAAAAGCUAAAGAAAUGCUUUUGAAGAUCCGCGGCACUAAAGAUGUUCAAGAUGAGUAUGAUGAUCUCGUGGCCGCCAGUGAGGAAUCCAAAGGAAUCAAGCAUCCAUGGAGGAAUAUACUAGAAAAGAAGUAUAGGCCGCAACUUACCAUGGCCAUCCUCAUUCCUUUCUUCCAGCAGCUCACAGGCAUUAAUGUUAUCAUGUUUUACGCACCGGUUCUCUUCAAGACCAUCGGUUUCGGCGAUGAUGCGUCUCUAAUGUCCGCUGUUAUCACCGGCCUCGUCAACAUGUUUGCCACAUUUGUCUCUAUUGCUACUGUUGAUAAGGCAGGUCGCAGAGUGCUUUUCCUGCAAGGCGGCACGCAAAUGCUGAUUUGUCAGAUCAUUGUGGGCACUUUGAUUGGCGUAAAAUUUGGGACAAGUGGGGUGGCCACUCUAUCCAAGGGAUACGCGGGCUGCAUAGUGCUCUUCAUCUGCGCGUACGUGGCUGGCUUCGCGUGGUCGUGGGGACCGCUUGGCUGGUUAGUUCCCAGUGAGAUCUUCCCUCUGGAAAUCCGGUCUGCCGGACAGAGCAUCAAUGUGUCCGUGAACAUGUUCUUCACCUUCAUUAUCGGCCAGGCCUUCCUCACCUUGCUGUGCCGCAUGAAGUUCGGACUCUUCUAUUUCUUCGGCGGGUGGAUGCUGAUCAUGACCACUUUUGUAGCCUUAUUCUUACCGGAGACAAAGAAUGUGCCCAUCGAAGAGAUGAUACUUGUGUGGAAGAAGCACUGGUUCUGGGGCAAAUUCAUCAGCAUCGAAGAUGUCCACGUUGGGAGUAAUUCGAAGGCGGCUGGCGUGUGAUUCAAAUUCAAGAUAAACAAUCGAAUGGUAUCGACUUGUCAAACUGGUGGAUGUUUGGUAGCUCUACGAGGGCCGACUCUUUUGUGCCUGAUCUUCUGGUUUCAUCGGCGUAGUGCGGUACACGGUAGAUUUGCCAUUUUAUUGUCACAGCUUUUGAGACUUUGAGACAUAAACGCAUAUUGAAAGAUCCACCAAUAUCUGUUCUAUACACGAGGAGGGAGGGGGGCACAAAUUUUGUAUUCUUCUGAUCAUUGGAAAUAAAAAUGAACUGAUUGCUUCUGUUCCAUCAA